AUGGCGGCCGUGGCGGAUCUAGCUGCAUGCCUGAACUCCCUGGGACCAAAACCAUCUCAGCAGCAGGUGUCGAGGAUCCUGGCGAACUCCUUGCAGGACGCAGAUUGGGUCUCCAGGCCUAGGUUCGCGACCGCUCUGUUACGUUCGCUGCAUCCGAAGGUGCCGGAGGUAGCCUUCCAGAUCUUGAAGUGCAUGUCUGCUUCUACAGUAGAGGUCAAUAGAUACCACCUCGGAGCAGCCGUGUCGGUCUGCGAGAAGGCUUCGCAGUGGCAUCUCGCCUUGCAUCUCUACGAGAGCAUGGCAGAGGGUUUGCACGACCAGAUCAUCUGGAAUUCCGCGAUAAGCUCCUGCUCCAAGCGAGGGCUCUGGCAGCGGACCUUGUGCUUGUUGACCCUUUCGGGGCUCCAAGCUGAUGUGGUGACCUAUGGUUCAAGCAUCCCCGGAGCCUCUACUUUUGCUUCGGCUGCGCACGGAGGCGAUCUCGGAAGCCGGCUUUGGCACUUGGCGCUGGCUUUGGUGGCUGCUAUGGCAGGUAGGGCAAUUCUGCCCAACGUCUUUGCCUGCAGCUCUAGCAUAAGCUCUAUGCGUGGCAUGUCCUGGAGCUGGGCUUUCCAGAUGAUGUCAAGGAUGCGCAAGUUGGACAUCCGUGGGAAUCCCACUGUGUAUGGAGCUUCCAUCCGCGCGGCCGAGGAGGCAGAGGGGUGGAGCAUCUCCUUGACAGCAUUGGCCUCGAUGGGGCAAGAGCUCGAAAGGAAUGUGAUCAGUGAGAAUGCCGCCAUUUCCAGCUGCAUGCGUGCUUUUCAUUGGACUGAAUGCCUGGCAUGCCUAAAGGACAUGCAGACACGUCAAACACGGAGCCCGAGUUCCGUCAGUUAUGCCACUGUGAUGGCAGCGGUUUCCAGCAUUAGCUGGCAGGCGCCACUGGGCCUCUUCACGCAUCUCCGAACGCUGCGUGCAGUUGAUGCCGUUGGCACCAGCACGGCGGUUCGUGCCUGCUGUGAACAUGCAGCAUGGGCAGUCGCAAUGGACAUCGUCAAGCAUAGCAACAGCAUAAAUGAGGUCAGCUAUCACAUUGUUUUGGAGAGUUUUAGCGGAACGUGCAACUGGGAGCAAGCUAUUGAGCUACUCUGCUGCAUGCGCGCAGCACGGUUUCGGAUUUCGGCCGCUCCAUGUGCUGCAGCGAUGCGAGGAUGUGGCUUAGGCGGUCAAUGGCAGAUGGUACUUAGUCUUCUUGAUGAACUGUUGUCUUUCAAGGCAUUGCUGGAUGAGACCACACUCAGUUGUGCAAUGGACGCUACUGCUCGCAGCGGAAACUGGGAGCUUGCCCUGCACUUCUUUUGUGAACAAGGCUCAGGACGUCAACUCUGCGAUCCUGUCACCUACACCGCGGCCAUUGCCGCCUGCCUGCGGGGAAGCCAGUGGCAGCUAGCUUUGGAGUUGGUCAGAGACUUCGAGAACUUGAAGCUUGUGCCCGACACGAUUCUUUUCAACGCUGCGAUCUCGGCUGCCCAGACUGGCACUCAGUGGGAAGCAGCUUUGAGUGAAUUGCAAAGGAUGCAGACCUUUUCUGCGCGAGCAGAUUCAGUGUCUCACAACACAGCCGUCAGUGGAUGUGAACGUGUAAGCCUUUGGCAGAGAGCGGUUGAUGUUUGCAGGGAGAUCCAAGAGCGGUCCGUUCGUUUCUCGGAAGUGGGCCACAACGCAGUCACGAGCAGCCUGGAGAAGAGCUCCAAGUGGCAAAGCGUUUUGCAGCGCACCGAAGAGCAGCAAACAAUGCUCAACUUCUUGCCUUCACAGAUUGGCAUCGACACGACCGCGAGUGCAAUCCAGAAGUCGAGUCACUGGCAUCUGGCGAUUGAGCAGAUCGCGAGGACUUUCCGGUUUCACCUUUCACCAGAUGCGCUCGCCUACAGUGCUGCCAUCAGCGCAUGCGAGAAGAGUUGUCGCUGGAAAGUGGUACAGGAGCUGCUCACAGAGACCACGACCGUGGUUGGAAGAGUCGUAAGCCAGCUGAGGUCGGAAGGGCGCAGCGACGCUUGCGAUGCUCUGCGCCUGUCGGCCCUUGAACGCAGCGAAGUGUCCUGGAGGAUGGCCAAGCUCAGCCAGGCGGGCGAGAGUGAAAUGGCACCUCUGCUGGCACUUACGAGGCCCCAACCCUACAGCAAGCUUACCGAUAUUUCGAACUGGAUCUGGUCUGCGGCCUCUGUCGGCUUGGAUGGCACAGCUGUGGAGGAAGUUGUGGAGAUGGCGAGAUCCCAAAUUGAGAUUGGCCAAGCCGCGACUCUUUCACUGCGCAUGUUGGCCAACCUCGCUUGGGGCUUGGCCAGCCUGGACGUGGAUGCUGCCCGGAUCUUCCUCGUCUUGCAAGGAGACCUGAAUCGAAGAGGACGUAUGCUGACACAAAAUUCUCCGAGAGAGGUUUUGGUUCAGUUUGUGUCCGUCGUGGCAGAAGUGCUCUGGGCUUGCCACCUUGCCGGCGCGCUGUCGGCUAGAUUUCUGGCCACUUCGCUGGCCGAGCCUGUCUUGACGGCGUGUAAGAUGUUGGAUGCCAUGGCUGCCGUAAUGCCGGCUGCGGUGGCAUGCACGGAGAUCGACAUUGGAGCCGAGGGCCACCGGCCCAGACUUCUUGAAGACCUGUCUGACCGGCUCGUGCUGUACAAACCGGCUGGCUGGCAGGUCGAUGAUCAGAUGACCAGCGAAGGGCGGCCGCUUUCCGGGUUUCUUCGUUCUACCAUUCCGAUCCAGCGGCAAGUGCUCUUGAACGACUUGUAUCAUCAACGAGGUUUCCUGCAUCGCCUUGAUGUUCCCAGUUCCGGCUUGAUACUUGCUGCAACCAGCUAUUCAGGUUACUACGAUCUUCGCUUGCAGCUUUCCAUGGGCAUGAUUUCACGUGAGUACACUGCCCUUUGUCAUGGGUUUAUUGGGAAUCGCCGAAUUACUGCACCAGUUUUCUGGCUGCGUGGGCUGGCGAAUGCGAGUGUCGUUCGCCCAGAAGGGCGCCCCGCUCUAUCGAACGUGCACCGGGUGGGCUCAACCUUCAGGCUUUGUCAAGGCUUUAGUCUCGUGCAGAUUGUGAUCUUCACCGGUCGCCGACACCAGAUUCGCUUGCACACAGCUUACAUCGGCCAUCCAACGGUCUCUGACAGCAAAUACGGAGCACGCAUCACGUUUGAGGAGGACGUGGUUUGGUGCGCUCGUAAUUUUCUGCACCGACACCGAUUGUCCUUCAAGGAGGCAGUGCUCUGUGCAGAGCAAGAGCACUCCGUGGUGGAGCCCCUGCCACAGGACCUGAAACUCUCACUUCGAAGGACGAAGCCGUCUGGAAGGACGGAAUGGGAAAUCUGA